AAGCCGUGCGAGAUAAAGGGGAGGUGCAUUUUCAGAACCGGGCUAGCUCCGUCCUCGCUUUCGGACCGGCCGCGGGUGGUCUCUCCUGCAACUUCGCGAGCGGACCCCACGGCGGACCCCAUGGCCGACCGCAGGUUCAGGCCCGUGUCCAGGGAGAAACCCUGCUGCGACAUUUCCAAGAAAGCCCAGAUCUGUCUCUGCGUGGUUUUCGGUCUCCUGGUCGUGGUGAUCAUCGCGGUGGUGGUGGGGAUCGUGAUGUGGCGCCAGCCGCCCCAGCACCAGGAGUGGAAGGGGGCGGGCACCACCGCCCAUUUUUACGAGAUAAUCCUCGGACGGUGCUACACCUACACCCAAAUCGUGCGACCCGAGCUGGGACAUAAAGAUUGCCAAAAGAUAGGGAAGGCAUUCACAAAUGCGUUUCUUUCUAAGGAUCCUUGCAGCAGCACGGAACAGGACUAUCAGCCAUUGAUGGAACUGACGAAUCAAACUGUACCUUGUGACAAGACCCUCCUUUGGAGCAAAACAAAUGAGCUGGUGCACGAAUACGCAUGGGUCCAGCGGGAGUUGUUCACCCUGGAGAACACACUGCUGGGCUACAUGGCGGACGGCCUCAGGUGGUGUGGAGACCCAGGCUCUCCUGAAAUGAACUAUCAAUCUUGUCCAGACCGGUGGAAAGACUGUAGCAGCAACUCUGUUUCUGUAUUCUGGAAUACUGUGUCCAAAAGGUUUGCAGAAGAUGCCUGUGGUGUGGUCCAUGUGUUGCUCAAUGGGUCCGUCCGUAACACCUUUGAUGAAAGAAGCACUUUUGCACGUGUGGAAGUCUUUAAUUUGCAUCCAGAGAAGGUUCAUACGCUACAGGCCUGGGUGAUGCAGGACAUCAGAAAUAUUUCCAGUGACUCGUGUUCGGAUGCCUCCAUUAAAAAUCUGAAACUGAUUCUAAGCAAAAGGAAUAUUACAUUUACCUGCGAGAAUAAUUACAGGCCUAUCAGGUUUCUUCAAUGUGUGAAAUAUCCUGAGCAUUCAUCUUGCAGAUCUAAGAUAUGAGCCGAUCAGCAUGGUGGUUUCAGAUCUUUGAGUCUUGUGGUCUGCAUCAGCAUGGGUAACUCAGGAGACACGCUACUGCUGGGAAGCUGAGGACUUGGGGGGGAUCUUCUGUCAUGAUGCCAACACUAGAGCUGGGAGCCUUUCCCCCAAAGUUUAAAAAUAACUUAUGUUAUUGGAAUAGUUUUUACGUUGACUUUCUAAUACUCAUGAAAAAAGUAUGGUAUGAAAUUAAAACAAAAAUUUUAUGUUAAAUUA